UAUGCAGUGUUUUUGGUACUGUAAGCAUCCGACGAAAUUGUCAAAUAAGAAAUUUCUAGAUAUUUUUCUUAAGGGAUGCUUGUCUGCUCUAACUGAGAGUUUACUUCUAUACUAGAAUGACAGUAAAUCGUACCAAAAAAGUGAUAAAGUAGAGAGACUUAUACAAAGUCAUAAAAAGAGUUGAAAGGGAAACGGGUAAAGAGAGAAUAUUAUGUCAGGAAGGAUGUGGAAGAAGCUAGUUAUAGGGCAUGGUAUGAACUCCUUCAUCACCUCUCAGAAUAACUCCUUUUGCGAGCACGUCGACCAGGAGACUAUUAGCUGCAGUUGUGGAGAGGAGGAGAAAGAGUUUGCUUGGGUAUGGAGCACACGGGAACAAGGUGGCCAGGCAGGGAGUGUGGUCCUGGGGCCAGACCAGAGGCAGAUAAGCUUCAAUCCAGAGUAUAGUUCUGGAACAGCAGCUGUGCGUGGAUGCGAGGCCCUUCCAAUUGGCCACCAUCACUACUGGGAGUUGAAAAUGACCUCUGCUGUUUAUGGAACAGAUAUUAUGGUUGGUGUGUGCACUGCUAAAUUUGACCUCAAACAUGCAGUUCACCGAUUCUGUUCCCUCCUAGGCCGAGAUCAUGAGUCAUGGGGCUACUCAUACACAGGAGGUGUCCAGCAUGGAGGAAAGUUCAAACCCUAUGGUCCACGUUGGGGCAAAGGUAGCAUCGUGGGGCUUCACCUGGAUUCUUGGCGUGGAACCCUAGAAUUUUACCUAAAUAGAAAACCUCUAGGUGUGGCUUUUGUGGGACUCCAGAACAAGGAAGUGUAUCCCAUUGUGACAUCCACCUCAGCACACUCAGGGAUGAAGUUGGUCUCAAGUUGUACAUUUCCAGUCAGUCUGCAGUGUCUUGCUUCUGAAGUUGUGUGCAAACAGUUAUGUGAAAAGAUGAAGGUGAGAGUAGAGGAUCUGCCAUUGCCCCCUGGCCUCCGCACCUUUAUAAAGAACAAUUACUGGCCUUUUAUGCGUUCUGUUGGUGCGGGGUAUGAAAGGACUAGCUUCAAGGCAGGUGCAUGGUGUGUAUGCAACUCCAAACGUACCCAUGAGGAUGACCCAGUAGAAACUAUAAGAUCCAAGAGAUUAAGAAGGAGACUGUACACACCGCAUAUGCUUGCCAUGGUGUCAGCCAGGUCUCCAUCAAGUUCAUCAGAUAGUUCUUCAGAUGGUAGCUCUUCUCCUAAUUCCCAGCUCUAUUUUCCAGAUCUUAUUAGUUCACAGUCAGGAAGACAAAACUGCCAGCUUAUUGUUGCUGAGCCAAACACAACUACAUCCAUUUCUUCUCAUACUACUUCUUCAACCCCUACGACAUCUGCUGCCUACUACUUUCUUCCCCUCUCCUCUCCCAUUUCUUCUGAGCCUAGUUCUUCCUCCUCAUCUGCUUCACCUUCCCCUCCAGCCUCCCUUCUUCAGUGA